GCACGCCCAUGUGCACUAGCAAGCUGCAGCAGCAAACGAACAGCCCACAACAACACCUGGAGCGCACCAUCGUCAGACCAUCCCGCCGAGCUUCCAGCGCAGAGUCCUACCACAGACGAGCACGUUCGAUACCGGAGGUCUCGCUGCUGCCCGCAUCACAAUCCACGACACCACUCUUCAUGGACAGGUAGCGCUCGACAUUUCCAAUGGAGGCAUACCCGCCCGCCUACGUGCAGCACAACCUUCCAUUCAUCGUAUUGUCUGGCCUGGGGUCUCAGGCAGAGCCUCAGCCGCCACUAUCUAUCCACAAUGUGCUUCCAGGGAGAACUUCUAUCCGGACUAGCUCAGAGAUACCUGCAGUGACCGGCGAGCGCGCAGAUCAGCUAUUGCAUGAGUUUUUAAGCGCCGACGGUACCAAUGCGCCAUGGAAUGCCCGUGGUGCAAGUGGACGAGACUUAGCGCAUAGCUUCAGGAUACGGGCUGUGGGGAGGGACUUCGUGCUGCCACCAAAGAAGGCUGAUGCGCCUACGACUUCAGAAACUACCCCGCCUAGUAGUCCGACCAUCGCAGCGACGACCUCGUGGAUUCUUCACUCGCCCAUAUCUCCCUUGUCACCAGCAGCCUCGAUCUUUCCAGAUGGUGUCAUUGCGCCUUCCUGGGUCUCGAAACACCAAGAUUACUUGCCCUCUGUCUUCAUAUCCUUCUUUGACUUCACGACCGACCCUGUCACAAACAGCCUACACGACAACCAGCUGAAGACGGAGAUCAACAAGAUCAAGGGCCAGAUACAAAAGUCAGAGUACCGCACGCGGUACGUCGUUGUACUUUUGAGCAACAAGACAAUACUAGAGGCUCCAGAUAUUGAAGACCGAUUGGCUGUCAUUCGGCGUGCUACUGGCCUCGAUCCCAAGAAUUCACUGUUCUUCCUCCCACCGAACACUUCCCAAGUGGAACUGCGAGCGUUCGCAACGUCCGUUCUCACAACCUUGCAACCUGUUUGCGUAGAGUACUAUCGAGAUCUCACGAAACAUGCACGGAGGAAGAAGGGCAGGGGCACGAUUCCUCCUCCUACCGCACCACCAACUCGUGGCACAUCCCAGACCCUAUCUUACCCUGGAUGGGGCAUCCGCUACGACUUCAAGCUCGGUGUCUUUGCAGAGUUCAGACAGGAGAUGGAUGCAGCGCAAAGACAUUACAGUGCUGCGCUCGAUGCUCUGUUCGGCUCCGAAGGCCUUUUCGAGACAACGGCAAGCUGGUCACCUAGGUGGGACGAGAUCCGCCUGCUGGCUGAUACUAUAGCCUUUCGCCAUAUCCGUUGUCAGCUUUGGAAUUACCAGUUGACUUCUGCAGCCCAGACAUGGCUGAGGUACAAAGCCAGACUGCAAGAUGUGCUCGACCGUCGCAGCAAGGGUACCUCGAACUAUGGGUGGCAAGCAUGGGAGUCGAGGUGGGCUCAUCUCAUGGCUGAUUUCAUUCAGCGAACAGAGCUACCAGUCUUCCGAGCAGAUGGUGACGGCGCGGAUGAAGAGACGGGCUUGAUCUAUGCACCCCCUGAGAAACAAUUCCUUAUGGGCGAAAGAUUGCCGCCUUGGGAGCUACUUCACCACCCAGGCUACUGGCACAAGCUGUCCGCAGAUUAUGCAAAGAGGCGAUAUGUCUUAGCCUGCGAAAUGCCCGAGGAGGACCGCACGCCUCCUGGCAUGUCUCCUGCGACGAAAGUAUCCAACCGAAACCAGGUGUAUGACCACUACCUGGUUCCACAGCCGCAUGAAGAGCUGCCUCUUCCAGACAGUGGUGGCGGGGGUUUUCAACAUUGGUAUGACAUCUCCACCAAACUAAAUGCCGCCGUGACAGAGUUCAAGGCGCAUGGACAGAAUCGAAAAGUGGAACAGCUGCGUUUGGAGGUUGCCAGGACUCUGCUACAUGUGAAGAAGUUUGAUGAAGCGUUCAAGGUUCUGCGACCCUUGUGGGUUUCAAUGUCUUGGAGGAAAGAAGGCUGGUGGAGCCUCGCUUCUGAAGUGUUAUGGGCUCUCCAUGAGUGCGCAUUGCGCGUUCGGGAUCGAGAGACCUACAUCGCUACUGAGUGGGAGCUCCAUAGUCAAGCCGUGACUGGCAAGACUCGAUACAAGUACGAUCUCUUGUCAUGUUUGGACGUGUUCCCAGAAGACGUUGCAUCGGAGAAGGUCAACGUCAGUCUCAAUACCAAAGACUAUCUCUCCUGCUUGUCUAUUCAUCUUGCUCUUCUUGGCAGCGAGGGUAACGUAGGCGAACCACUUAGAUCGCAGAUAGUCGUCACUUCGACAGCACGGCCUGGAUCAACUCCCAUCACAUUGUCGUCUCUAUACGUGCAGUUCAAGGGUGGCUUGAAUCAGGUACGCCUGACUCACGAUGCCAUUGACGAUGUUUCGUCCAGCUUCUUUGACUGUGCAUUGCAAGAGAGCAGUACGCCGCCGGAGAAGCCAACUUGGACUGGCACAUCGGAUUUGACAUUGCGCCCCGGUCAAACUAAAGUGUACAAUUUUCCAAUUGUCUUCCGAGAAGCCGGCGACGUUGAGGCGGCAGCCUAUGUGUUUGAGAUUGAUACGGAGGGUUUCAGUCUGAUUUUCUCGAAUACCGACCUCCAAACGGAACCCCACUCGACAUGGUGGAUGAAAGCCGAGUCCGGCGUCAAGCCACGGAAGGUGAAACGCUUGUCAGGCAUCACCACACACAUCUUGCCGAAGCCACCAAAGAUGGAGAUCACGUUACCAGAUGUACGCGAGCAGUACUUUACAGACGAACCUGUUACGCUGGCGAUAGAGAUCUCGAACCAAGAAGACGAAGAAACCGAGGCUGUGCUCGAAGUCCGUCUGCUGGGUCGCUCGAAAGACACACUCGCUUACACCUGGGUCGAUCGGCCUGCAUCAUCGCCAAUGAGAGAGAUCCCACCGGCUCUCGAUGGCUCCACAGACAUCGGUCUUCCUGGCCACAUAGUUGGCAGACUUCUACAUGGCGCCAAAACAACAGAACAGAUACGCUUCGCUGCGCCUGCAGACCCAGUAGACUACGCAUUAGAAGUCAAGGUCCUCUAUCAUCUACUCAGCGACCGCGAAACACCCAUAUCAAAGAUAAUGAUCGCUGACCUUGUCUUCAACUCUCCAUUCGAAGCCAGCUAUGAUCUCAACGCUCGCGUCCAUCCCGACCCGUGGCCUAGUUAUUUCGAACUACAGGAAGCUGAGAGUAACAGUAAUGCAGACUCGGCAGACGCCUUUGGCAUCGCUCAAAAGUGGGGAUUGCGCGCCAAAGUAGGCUCUUUCGCGGACGAGCAGCUCAUUAUCAAAGACCUGGCCAUCCAAGUUCAUAGCAUCCACGGUGGCGCAACGUGCGAGGCAACAAAGGAGUUUUCCCCUGCUAACACAGCUAUGAAUCCGCAGGAGCUGUACGACUGGUCCUUCAGCCUUGACAUUCGCAAGAACAAUCUUGAGGAGCGCCGCUCCACCGCGCUCGACACCACGCUCGACAUCACGUGGCACCGCACGUCGGCCGCAGAUUCAGACCCUAUAGUUUCCUCCCUCCCCAUCCCUCGGAUACAAAUACCCUCCAGCGAGCCCCGCGUUCUUGCGUCCGCCCUCUCUUCAACAACAGUCCCAGACCUCUUGCAUCUUGACUACACACUCGAGAACCCAACGAUGCACUUCCUCACCUUCGAGUUCAACAUGGAAGCCAGCGAAGAGUUCGGAUUCAGUGGGCCGAAAUUGAAAGUAGUACAUCUUCUGCCGAUGAGCAGGCAGACGGUACGCUACAAUGUGUCACCAGUGCAGAGAGGGGUAUGGAUCAGUCCAGGUCUGAAGGUCGUGGAUCGUUACUUCAACAAGACGCUAAAAGUGCAGGCCACAGAGGGACUGAGGUCGGAGAAAGGCAGGGUGGAGGUUUGGGUCCCUGGAGAGGCCAAGGCGGGAUAGGGGUGGACUCGAUAGAGUGACAAUGCAGGGGCCAAAUGUUUUCAGCGAUGAGUCCGCAGUGAUUUCAAGGGUCGGGAGGUAUUGAACCAACGAAGAGCGAUCGCGUGUCUGUAU